CCAUGGACUUCCUUUCUCCACUCUCCAAUAAUAUUACAACAUCAACAUCUACUAUAGCCUGCACUUUUGUCGUCGUCCUCUUCUUUCUAUGCAAGUCGUUACUAUCAAACCACAAACAUAACGAAAAACUGGCACCAGAGCCCGCAGGUGCCUGGCCCAUAAUCGGCCAUCUCCACCUCCUCGCCGGCGGCCAGAAGCCUCCUCACUUGAUCUUGGCCUCCUUAGCGGACAAGUACGGCCCUAUAUUCCGACUGAGACUGGGCGCGCAACAAGUGGUGGUGGUGAGCGACGCGAAAACCGCCCAAGAAUGCUUCACAGUGAAAGACAAGAAGCUAGCCACUCGGCCCAAAGCUCUAGCCUCCGAGAUCAUGGCCUACAACUACACCAUGCUCGGGCUCGCACCUUACGGGGCUUACUGGCGCGAGAUGCGAAAGAUCGUCGUGCUCGAGCUGCUGUCGAACCGCAGAACCGAGCUGCUAAGACCGCUGAGAAGGUCCCACAUCGGAAGAUCCAUGAAGCGUACCUUCGACCACUGGUCGGACAACAAGGAUGCGGUGACGGUGGAGAUGAGGCAGUGGUUCGGCAGCCUAGUGAUGGACAUGUCGGUUUCCAUGUUGUUCGGAGAGGACGAGGUUGGGGAUGAGGGCAAGUUUCAGAGGGCUAGCCGGAGAUUGUUUGAGCUGUUUGGGGAGCCGGUGGUGGGGGAUUUUAUCCCGUGGCUGAGAUGGUUGGACAUAGGGGGACACGAGAAGGCCAUGAGGCAGACCGCCAUGGAAAUUGACAGCUUUGCUGAGAGGUGGAUAGAGGAGCACAAAAGAAAAAGGAAGGAUAAAUGUAAGGAAGAAGAAGAUUUCAUGGACACCAUGUUAUCACUAUUUGAGACUGCAUCAUCUCAUCAAAGUCUUCCUGCUGGAUAUGAUACUGAUCAGAUUAUCAAAUCCACUUGCUUGGCCAUGUUGCUAGCAGCAACUGACACAACUAGUGUAACAUUGACAUGGGCUCUUUCUUUAGUACUAAAUAAUUACAAGGUAUUGGAGAGGAUUCAAGAUGAAUUAAACACCCAUGUUGGGAAUAAAAGAUGUGUCGAGGAAUCUGACCUGAAAGAUUUGAUUUACUUACAAGCUGUGAUUAAAGAAACAAUGCGUUUAUAUCCGGCUGUUCCACUCUCUGUACCUCACGAAGCUAUGGAAAAUUGCAUCAUUGACAAUUACCACAUUCAAAAGGGGACCCGUCUAAUAACAAACUUUGUGAAGAUCCAUCGCGAUCCAAAGGUGUGGACAAAACCUGAUGAAUUUAUACCUGAGAGAUUUUUAACUAAUCACAAAGAUGUCGAUGUCAAGGGCAACAAUUUUGAGUUGAUUCCAUUUGGUAGCGGACGAAGAAUGUGUCCAGGGAUAUCUUUGGCCUUAGAAAUUGUUCAAUUGACAUUGGCUACCCUAGUUCAUGGCUUUGAUAUGCGAAGGCUAUCAAAUGAACCAAUCGAUUUGACUGAAAGUUGUGGAUUGACUAAUUUCAAAGCCACUCCACUUCAAGCCCUACUUAUACCUCGCCUAGAGUCAAAUUUAUAUGGUUGAACAAAAACUUUUGUCCUUUUAUGGAUGUAUCUAUCACAUCGUUAGUGUGUAAUAUAAAUCAAAUUUAUAUGGUUGAAUAAAAACUUUUUAGUCCUUUUAUGGAUGUAUCUAUCA